ACCGGGUAAGACGUAGAUAAACAAACUGGAUAGAUAGUAAGAGGUAGAUAGAUGUUGAAAUAGAGACAGUAUUGUUCAGGUGGAAUUAGGACCAGACAGGACAUUGGUCUUCUUUUUAAGAGGUUUUUGGUGUAUUCAUUCAGAUACCAUUGCAUGAGAGAGAUUUAAACACAAAAAAAGGCAGGUGCUUGCUGAGGAAGUAUGUUCAGGUUUUUGGUGUUGCUUCUGCUGGGAAUACCUGUUGGGGCUAAGAAAGGGAGCUACAUGCUGAUAGCCCCCGAGAGUGCUAUAAAGGGAGAUGACUACCCAGUCACUGUUGUGAACAACUUGAAUGAGUCGGCAGAUGUUACGGUCACAAUGUCAGCAAAAGGAGGAGCAUAUACCACAAAGACAGGAACGAUAGCAGCAAAAAGUUCUGUAAAACUCGACAUGAGGGUAACAGCGGAUUUUUCCACUGCGUUCCUUCUAAACAUGACCUUGACUUAUACCCGGUCUGACCUGAUCAUUGUGAAUUCAACAUUAGUAUCAAUUAAAGAAGUGUCUAGUUUCCUCAACAUUCAAACGGACAAGAAGAUGUACAAGAAAAACCAGAAAGUUCUGAUCCGUGCAUUGGCUCUGGAUAGAGACCUUAUGCCAGUAAAUCAAAAUGUCACCAUAUAUAUCAAGGAUCCUGAUGAAAACCGUGUAGAGAUGUGGAAGGACGUGGUACCAGAGUCAGGUGUGGCCAAAGCCGAGUUUCUUCUUUCUAAUGAUCCAGCUCUUGGGGACUGGACAAUUACUGCUGAACAGCAACACAGUCCUUCAGAGAUUGUGAAAUCUGUGGUCACAUUUACAGUAGAUAAGUUUGUUCUGCCAAGAUUUGAGGUGACUGUAAUUGGACCCCCAUCUCUUUACCCACGAAGUCAGAAACCAUUUGAUGUCCGAGUUAUUGCCAGGUAUACUUACGGGGAGAACGUUGUAGGAGAUGCCAGAAUCCUGGUGUCAAUGAGUGGAAGUGAGAGGGCCAUACCCUCCAAGCCUCUGAUAGAAGGAACUGCGACCUUCACCUUGAAACCAGAUGAGCUGAAGAGUUUGUUGUCCUUUUAUAACCCAGUGAUGAAGGUCAAGGCCACGGUGAUGGAGGGGUCAUCGAGGAUUGAGUUGGAAGGAGAGACCACAAUCCAGCUGACUUAUGACGGGAUUAAGAUUGAGAUAAUCGGUGAUGAUUACUACUCUCCAGAUGUACCAUACCAUUAUUGUGUGACUGUCUCUGAUGAUAGGGGUCAACUAAUGCCAGAAGAAGACAGACAAAACUAUAAAGUGACCAUUGUCAGAGAUUGGAACAAGACACUGACUCGGACAAUAGUGUUGUCGAGUUUGUUGGUUACUUCCUCUGGACACCUGCUCUGUGAAACGGCGAGCCCUCCAUAUGAGAAUGACCUUAGUUUACAGGUUACAGUCCAGAAACAGACAGAUGACAAGACCUCAAACACCAAAUAUAUUACUGUGUACAAAAUGUCAAACUCUGUCAACGAUACAGCGGGAUCUCUCAGUCUAAUGCUCUGGGAGGAACAGCAAAACAAUCUGGCCACCAAAGAUGAGUUUAAUGUUGGAGAUGCUGCCAAGUUUAAGGUGUACAAAUCAGACCAGUCUUCUGUGGAUUUCAAGGUUUUCUACCAGGUUUUUAGUAAAGGCAUGUCGGUGACCACUGGUAUGGUUAACUUUGGACAGAGUAAAACAGCCAUGCUCUCUGUGACAGUCAGCAGAUGGAUGUCUCCCACGGCAACAGUAAUGGUAUACGGUGUAUCCAAUGGUUACCUGAUUACUGCAAUACAGAAAAUCAAAGUCAAUCUCAACUUAAACUCUCAGGCUAGAAUGUCUUUUGGGACCUCACGGGCGACAGUGGGGUCAGACGUCACACUCCGAGUGACCACACCUGAACAGAAUUCCUUUGUGGCUGUGGUGGCCAUCGACAAAGGAUCCGAUCUUCUUGGAACUAUUGAUAUCACAGAGAAAGAGAUUUUAAAAGGCUUAGAGAUGUAUGCUAUGGGAAAUAAUCCAGUUAAUGGACCUAUUGUCAUGAACAGGAGAAAGAGAAGUAUUAUCAAUCCUUACUACCGAUCCUACAGCACAGCUAAGAUUCUUAGAAUGGUUGGUGUAAUGUGUCUGACGGAUGCAACUAUUCAUGAUGAAAUAGACAGCUUCUUUGAUUAUGACAGUUUUGUAAAAGAAGCAGCGGUUCCAGAGAUGAAUGAUGGACAACCUGCUGUCCUUCCUAACCAAAAACAGAUGCAACCUAAUUCUGGAAGUGAUGCCAAAGUCCGCAAAAACUUUCCUGAGACCUGGAUCUGGCUGGAUGGAAAAAGCGGCUCAGAUUCCCUGUUUGAAGUUCAGAAGACAUUACCCGACUCCAUAACAUCCUGGGUGACACGAGCUUUGGUUGUGAGUCCUACCACUGGCUUACACAUACCGGAUAUCACUCAGAUUGAAAGCUUCAAGUCGUUUUUCCUGGUGAUCGACACGCCAGCAUCCAUUAUACAAGGGGAAGUGUUUGAAGUGAAAGUUCUGGUGUUUAAUUAUGUAGAAAAUGGACCUGAAGAACUACAGGCCAAUGUGUCCUUGAAAGGGAAGAUAGACAACACAGCAAAGAUCUGGAACGAAGAUUUGGACAGGGAACCAGCCUCAUCUGAGGGGGUCAACAAAACCCUGUUGGUCAAGCGAGGACAGUCCAACAUGUUUGCUGUGUGGGUUAGAAAGAUGGACACAGAUAAGUUCUCUCCCCUGUUAACUCUGACCGGGAAGGCUACAGCAGAGAGCGGGGGACAGAAUUACAUGGAUAAUCUGGAGAAAGUGGUCAGUGCGGAGCCCGAGGGACGUCGAGUUCAGAAGACGAAAGUGUUUAACUUGGAGACAGCAGGUGGAUCAGAUAUACCUCCUGUAAGCAUCUGGUUCCCAGACAAUGCAGUGAAGGGAUCAAAGUCUGUCUAUGUCUUGGCUAUGGGUGACCUUCUGGGCCAAGCCCUGAACAACCCCGAGAGAAUGAUUAGUGUACCCACAGGCUGUGGGGAGCAGAACAUCGCUACGACCGUACCUAACAUCUACGUCCUGCAGUACCUUCGAGCUACACAGGCUGGGGAAACUAAACUGGAGGCCAGAAUGAUAAAGAAUAUCAAACAAGGUUAUCAGCAGGAGUUACAAUACAAGAGAACUGAUAAUUCCUUCAGUGCCUUUGGUAUGUCUGAUCCUGCUGGAAGCACAUGGUUAACAGCAUUUGUGCUGAAGUCUUUUGCGGAGAUUCAUAGGAUACUACCAGAUCUAGUGGACCCCAAAGUAAUGCAGGGGGCCACUUCCUGGCUGAAUAACCAAGUAGGGGACCGGGGACAGGUCAGUGAACCAGGGAGGGUCAUCCACACAGAGAUGCAGGGCAGUGGGGCCAAUUCCAGGGAGAAGUUAGCUGCUUUUGUGUUGUACUGCUAUACUGAAGUCAUUGCAGAGUUUGGGUCAUCCCAAGAUGCUAUUUAUAUUGCUGCAAGUCAAAAGAUGGAUGCUAUUGAAACUUUCCUGAAGAGUAAUCUCCCCUCGGCAGUGACCAAUCCCUACUACACAUCACUGCUGACAUAUGCCCUUGCAGUAGAUGGGUCGUCAACAAGAGAAGUAAGCAAGAUGGCACAACAACUUAUGGACAAUGCUACAACCUUCCUGGAUGGAGCUGUAGAGAUGAAAUGUCUGGGUGAGAACUGUAAGGGUGGGGACAGUGAUGGGGGUACAGGAAGACCUAUCCCCAUGCUGAGGGACUACCAGGUUAAGGAGCCCUCUCCCUCCAGUAUAGAGAUGACGGGGUAUCUCUUACUGACUCUACUGAAGACCGACAGAUCAGACGACGCUCGUCCUUUCUUACGAUGGCUCAACAGCAAACGGAACAGUCUCGGAGGCUGGUACUCCACACAGGAUACAGUAGUGGGCUUGAAAGCCCUGUCAGAAUUUGUCAGGAGUCAAUCAAACAACAGGAAUAUUCAGAUUGAUGUAGUAAUAACAGCCAAACAGAAUUCCGAAGUAUUGAAGACCGAGACUAUACAGAUCACCCCGGAAACACGAUUACUACUGCAGAGGGCAGAGUUUCCUAUCGAUACAACCAGCCUGGAAAUCCGUCCUAGUCAAGCCGGAGAAGCUGUUCUUAGUGUUGUGUGGCAGUAUAAUCUUGUGAAUGAUUUGAUAGAUAACGACCUCCAGGUUACCAUUGGAAAGUAUACGAUAAACGACAACAUAUAUGACAUCAACCCAUGUGUUAGGUACCUGGGAUCUGGUCCCAGUAACAUGGCUCUGGUAUCGGUUACCAUGGGAUCAGGGAUGAUGCCUGAUGUGGAAAAACUGGAACAGAAUUCUAAGCUGUCAAAAGUAGAGGUUGAUGGAUCAGUGGUCCAUAUUUACUUAAACGAGGUUACCAAGGAAAGCCAGUGUAUGAGGUUCCGAGCUGUACAGGUAUCAAAAGUUACAGAUGCUAAAGAAGUCCCUGUCAAAGCCAUGUUGUACUAUGAGCCAGAGGUGUCAGCGGUAGUAUCCUACAACCCCUCAACCUCCAACAGAGUGAAUUUCUGUGUUGAUCAGAUUUGUGCACAUGCUGGUCAUGUGACUCCACUCAGCCUCUUUUUGGUGAUCACUGUGUCAUUGGCAGCCAUGUUCUUUGGGAGACAUAUCAACUGAGAGGGGACAUGCAUCAACCUUAAUUUGAUCAAAGAAAUUAAUUAGCCCUUAGAUUAUCUAGAUUUUUUGACAGUUAUAUGUAAAGAUUUGUCAUAAUUUGAACAGAGAUGUUUUAAUGAGCUUAAAUAUAUUUAGAUUUUAUGUAUUGUAGAGAUUUUUAAAUUUGCAUAAUAUUAUCCUGUAAUUUGUUCAGGAUGUAUGUGGGAAAUGUUGACAUAACAUUU